AUGAAAAGUGUCUUAGAUUUCAUAAGAAGUCGUCCCGAAGGUGUAGUUGAGGAGGACCUCUCUUUGGAGUUUCCUAAGAUGUCGAAAGUAGAUAUUGCAAGAGAGUUGAAUGAAUGCCUUAAACGCCAAGAGAUUAGCCUCUUUAGAGAUAAAGGAGUUCUGUAUUACAAGCCAUCGCCGGUCAAUAUAGAUGACUAUGAGCUUACGAUAUAUAACUUGGUGAGCCAAAGUGGAAAUGAGGGCGUUUGGUUGAAGGUGAUAAAGGACAAAACCAACAUGCCGCACAAUUUGAUUGGAAAGGUCCUUAGAAGUAUGGAAAGCAAGAGAAUUAUCAAAUCCGUUAAAUGCCUUAAGAACAAUAGAAAGGUUUAUGUUUUGUAUGAUGAAGUUCCUUCUGAAGAAAUCACAGGAGGUAUAUGGUUUCAGGACAAUGACGUAGAUGCAGAAUGUGUGACUCGAGUCUUAGAAAUUAUACAAUUAUUUCUAGAGAAAAGAUUGAACGGAAACCUAGAACUUCCAGAAUACGAAGAUAAUCCGGCCCUGGAAGAAAUAAUGAGCUAUGUUAAGAAUCUCAAUAUUCUGUCUGUUCCCUUAAGAGCUGAAGAUCUCGAAACAUUGGUAGAUAUACUUGUAUUUGAUGGCAAGGUGGAGAAACUCCACUCAGGGUCUGUCACUAGGUAUAGAGCCCUUAGGCAAGGUGCUGAAUAA